AACCGUACCCCAGUCCCCAGACCAGAUCAGUGAUGGACUCCUCUGCUGCUAAUGCCAUGAAAAUUUUGGUUGUGGACGACGAUUCCACUUCCCUUGCCGUUGUUGCUGCUCUUCUCAGGAAAUUGAACUUCCAAGUUGUGACAGUGAAAGACCCCAGGGAAGCACUGAUUAUUCUUGGUGGGGUGGAAGCAGCAGGUGGGUUUGAUGUUGUUAUUGCAGAUGUGCACAUGCCUGAGAUGAAUGGAUUUGAAUUGCAGCACCAAAUCACCACUCACUUUCAACUGCCUGUUAUUUUGAUGUCUGUUGACGACAGAGACACCAUGGUGGGGAGGGGAGUGGACUUUGGUGCUACUUUAUUCAUAAGUAAGCCGGUGUCGGUUAAUGAUGUCAGAAAGUAUCUAUGCCAAAUUGCGGCGGCGGCUCCUAAGAAGGACGACCAAAAUACCAAUAUUAUUCCUCCUCUUCCUCCUACAGAUGAUCCUGCAGCUAACACAAAUAAUAAUAAUAAUAAUAAUUAUGAAAUAACAAGAGAAGGAGAAGUAACAUUCAAGACUAAUAAGCUCACCGGAAAGAAAAAGCUUGUCUGGACAGCCAGACUUCACUAUAAGUUCUUGGAUGCUAUCACAUUAAUUGGACUUAACAAUGCUGUUCCAAAGAAGAUUCUAGAAGUCAUGGAUGUGCCCGGAAUAACAAGAGAACACGUUGCCAGUCAUUUGCAGAAAUACCGAAUGUUCUUGAAGCGGGUGACGGAGCUAACGGUGCCAAGCCAACGGAAUAAUGUUGAUUGGGGGUUUGGCAGCGGGGUGAACUUGGGCCCAAGAAUUGCUGCACCCAGAAGGUACGGGGGCAUGCUUUCCCUAAUUAAUAAUCUGCAGACAUCAUUAGGCGGCGGCGGGCGGUGGAAUAAUAAUAUCACGGCGGAGGAGCAGCCGCCUAUACCUAUGCCCCCAGCUGGGACCUUCUCAUCAUCAUCAUCAUCGUCCUUUUUAUUCUCCGGUCCUCCUCGCCUAGCCGCCGCUUCACCUCUUUGUAAUCAACCCAGCUGGCGGCCUGGAUAUGGUACGGGUGGUCGUCAAUCAAGCCUGCUGCUUUCGCCCCAUCAUCAUCAGCAGCAGCAGCGUUUUAAUUUUGGACUACAGUCGUCCCCGUCGUUGAUACCUGCUAGAACCAAUAUGGUGAACCCAAUUUAUCAGCGAAGCUUCACAUUGUUGCCCCCCCUGGUAAUCCGUGGAAAUAUUAAUGACGCUAUAGCUGCAGCGUCACCGCCGGUGCCGGCACUGCAAUUCCAAGGUGGAGGCGGCAGUAGUAUGCUACAGCCUCCUCAAACAUACAACAACAUUAAUAAUAAUAAUGCUGCUGCUGAAACUACUAGGUAUAGGAAUAUUGAAAUAAUGGUGAGGGGUGCAGCAGCAGCAGCAACGCGCCCCAAUCAACUGAGCGGCCGCGUAGUUGAGGAGGUUCCUCCUAAUCCUCUUGAUUUUGGUUUUCUCUUCGAUAUCAAUGAUGAUGAUGUGUUCAAGUUCCUGUUGAGUGAUUCAACGGAGAACCAAAGCGAUGAUGCAUCUCAGAAUAGCCGCCCAAAUACUUGUACAGAAGGCGGAGGAAACCGGCCGCCGCCGUUGUUUGUUCCUGUUGACCAUGACCCUACUGUUCAACCACAAACUGAUCUGACGCCGCCGCCCUCACACCCACUUCAUGAUGAUGCUAUUGGAACCAAUACUGCUACUGGAGGAGAUGAAAAUUCCAACUUGAGCAAUAGUAGUGCUGUGACGACGACACAGUACUACGAUGAUCAUGAGGAUCUUCCAAGCCUUGAUCAACUGCUUCUGGAGCCGCGUAACGAUGAGGAAUUAUUCCUUCAAUCCGUUUAUGCUUCAAUGCCCUCCGUGGGCGCCGCCCAACAACACCACACAUCCAAUAAUUGA